UCUCUCAGGCAGCAACGCCAGCAGGGCGUUUUGCUCGACACACCACACCGUAGAGGGAAUUUCUAGUUUUCUUUUAGAGCCAGUGAAAAAAGGGAAGAAAAAUCAGACAUCAGUUCUUGGAAGUUGAAACAACAAAAAUCCCAAAACACCCACCCAGGACAGGACAGGAGGGAUAGUCUCCUGUGUUUUAUUGUUCCCGUUUCUUUUGGGUUUUCCGUUUCCCUAGGAAAGGAAUUCUUCUGCUUUGGUUUGAUUCAGUUCAGCGAGUGUGUGCGUGCGUGUGUGCCUUUUUCCGUAUGGAUUGAGUUUCCUUACACUGUUUGUUAAAUAAAAAAAGAAGAAAGAGUGUAAAUUAACACAGCAACAAGAGCUCGCACCAGGCGGCAGAGUCCUGGCAGGAGCGUCACCCAUAACGGGGACACAAUCGAUCAAUAAAAAGCGAGUCUCCUGCUGUACAGCAAGACGGGGCUGUAUGUUCACAGUGAACGACGAGUGAAAUCUAGUACAACAGUGGGACGAGUAGUAGCAGAAGUAUAUCCUACAUCACUCUGUGUGUGCGCUCUCUCCCUCUCCGCCAUCAUUACGUCGCGUCCGGUGUUUGUGGAAAGAAGGAAAUGGUGUCAGCGAAGAUGGUCGAACCGUUGAUAGUGCUUCUGGUUUAUUUUAAUUGUGAUUUAAUAUUUUACGUUAAAAAUAUCAAUAAACAUUAAAGUGUAUCGUGGGAACAGUGUGUUUACCUCCCUUUAAUCAAUACUACUACUAACUGCAGCUGCUGCUACAACAACUACUACCGCCCACUACCCAUUCCGAAUAAGCUUACAACCCGUAUAGAGAAGCCAAAGCGGAUACGGUACGAGGGAAACCCUGAAGGUCAUCAGGGGAAUAUAAAAUAGACGACAUACUGCACAGUUGUUAGCGACUAAAAUCGCGUACAACGUGCUCUAAGAAAUCAAAGCAGCUUACAGCGGUGUGUGCGUGUCCGUUCCGCUUCGAACCGACUUAAGCUACAGUGGCUUAACGCACACAAACGCUGGCAGCCACUGGCAAACGUGACGCGAGCAAGCGAGACGGAAACGCCCAGGCACAAACGGUGCGAUAAGGAGGGAACGAGCCAAAACAAACACCAACAAGAGCCCGCGCCUCUGAGUGGCUGUAUGUGUGUAUUAGUGUGUAUAUUCGCGCGCACAUUGAACUCGCGGCUUUAUAAAUGCCUUCGCUUCCGCGAACGAAAACAAAGCAAUCGCAUUCGAGCGAUUGAGUCGAUCGGGUGUCUCUCCUGUGUGUAUCUUCAAGCCAAGUAGGCCUCGCUUGAGCAGGCCCCCCCGCAACCGAACAGUGCAUUACGAAAAAGUAGUUCUGUGUGUGAAGUGAGAAAAAAAAACAAACAGGGAGUGAAGUAAUCUAAAUUUCCCUUUUUUCUGUCUGGUAGCUCAAACCCGUUUGAGUCUACCGACCACAACCAAGCAGCGUCAAUGUACGCCAUACGUUGGACUACAGAGCGCUAAAAACGCACCCAAAAAAAAAAAAACCCCGUAAAACCUAACAGAACGCCCUAAAGCGUCUGUCGCGCGUGUUUGUGUUGUGAAGUUGUUUUGUAAUUCGUGGUGUGUGAGUGUGCGUUACAAACACCACCACCGUCGUCGUUUCUUUAUGUUCAACCCAUUUUUUAACCGUGUAAUUUUGACGAAAAAGCGAAAGCCUAAAUUGUAAAGUAAAUUAAACUAAAGAAGAAAGACAGUCGAACAAACUGUUCUGGUUACAAUUUUGGGACACGUAGUUACGUCCCGGAGAAAAAGACUUUUUCCCCCUUGAAAGUAAGAGCAAAUAUCUGUUGAAAAGCACAACACAACAAGGAAGAGAACCAAGCGGUUGGUUUGCAAUAUUUCCUCGUUUUCAAUUUGCACCUACCGUCAAAACACCUUGAACGAGUUACGCACCAACGGGCAUCACUUUCGUGCUAAAGGUGGCCGAAAGGACAAUUUUCUUCACUGGGGCUUAGGCCGUUGUAUGGAGCGUGAAAAACCAUCGUUUAUAAAAGGGGACGAACCGGGCCUGGCUGGCAAGCAGGGCCGGAGCGAUCUUAUCUGUGCGAACAGCAACAGCAGCACCGUGAAAAUUGCUAGCGUUGAACGUCAAGAUGGCGCGUACGUACCGACCGUUGGCCGCUGGGGCAACGAGUGGCCAAGCUGACUCGGAACCGAGCGGAACGAACUACGGCCCGUGGUUCGGGAGGACCAUGGGAGCGUCGCCGGUCGAUCUGCCCGACGAUUGACCGAACCGGACAGUCACAGGCACGAUGUGACUACCAGCGACGAAGCAGCAGCAGCAGCAGCACCGCCAUCGCGGCCGCGGCCGGUGGUCCGCUCCGUAUCAUGCACCAACGGUGGCCCGCACGGUUGCGUCGCAACCGGCGCCGGCCCCGACGAUGGUACGGGCGAGACCGAACUGGCCGCCGCCGUCGCGGUCGCGUCCCGGCUGCCCAACGGCACCCACUGGAUUGCGGACGAUGGCGAUAGCUACAAUUUGGGCGCGUUCGAUCAGACGAACGGUGCGUGGCCGAUCCGGCAGCCGCUGCCGCUGCCGAAGUGGUCCGCCCGGCCGGUCACCCCGUUCGUCGUCGACAAGCUGUGGCAGUACGAGGAUUUGAUCGGGCUGAUCGAAACCAAGCUGCAGCGGAUGCUGGAGGAGACGCACUACAACACGGCGAACAACUUUGUGGAUUUUUACCGGGCCUACCGGGGAGCUCACCGUCACGGCCGCGGUGAGCUGCGGACACAUUUCCAGCACUACACCAUCCCGAUCAACCGUCGGCACCAUAUGUGUGUUAGUUUGGCAAUGGAAAUUGUGUCUAGAAUCGCUGAACAUCAUCCGGACAUUGCACGUCUGUUCUAUCUGGUAUCGUGCGAAGAAGCGCUAGACGAGACGGACUCGUACAUCCAGCACUGCGAGGAGAACGGCAUCGAGUACGCCGGGUCGACGCUGGAGAAGGAGCACGCGAUGGUAGCGAUGAAGAUAGUGGUCGGGGGCCGCGAAGGUGUGCUGAUCCUCGACCCGGGCUACCACGUGGCGCGCGCCGUCACCGUCAUGAAGGACCAGAAGUACCCGCACACCGGCUGGUUCACGCAGUCGGACGAGCCGCACUGCAAGCGCGAGUACAGCUACGCCCUGCACGACCUCAGCAGCGACUACAUCACCUGGACGGAGCGGAUGACGCGCGGCGCCAAGCAGCAGUACGAGGAGUCGCUGGUGUACGUAGCGCGCCCGUACCGCACCGCCAUCGAUGUGACCGUGCGCCGCAACCUGGUGUACAACUUCCGCUCGCUGCUGUCCCGCGACGCGAAGGGACGGGUGUGCGCCGGGCUGUACUUCCCGGUCGUGCCGAACCCGCACGAUGCACAGGUGACGCUGUUCUACGACAACGCGAACGGCACGCAGGUGAAGCAGAAGUGCAAGUUUGCACAGUUCAAAGAUCCGGAAACGGUAAGUCGCUUGGGUGUUAUUUGUUCAUUAUGUUCAAAUCUAAUCAAAUGCCACACACAGAUUCCUGACCCGGUAUUGGCCCAUCUGGAAAAUUUGGCCCCCCAGCUGCGCAUGAAGCUCGGCGACCUGAUCGACCUGAUGGUGGAUCUGGCCGAGUCCGUGCACGACGUCGAGUUCGUGCAGCAGGUGCUCGAGAUUAACAACAACAUCAACGAGCUGUCGGCAGAUAAUUAAGACAAAGCAUACAACAACCAUAUAUUGUGCAUUUUUUCCCAACUUACUUACUUACAAACUAUGAUUCACACUAGCUCUAAUAUCUUACUAGCUUAAUAGGAGAGCGCACCGACCCAAACUAAUCGAACAAUUUACUAUUCACCAAGAAAUAACCACCAAUCCGUGACACACCACCCUUUGAUGGGCCCAAUCGCUCAUUAAGGGUUAAAGCACUUACUAUUUUUGCUUGACCUUAGCAUAUCUACUUGACCACUUGUGUCUGACCGCGUGCGUAGUAUUUGUUUUGAUGUGUAAUUCAAAUUAUAAACUGUAACUUUUGUGUGUCGUACAAAAAAAACAAAACCAACAAAAUUAAUAAGCGUGUUUUAAGCAACUUUUGCAACCCUGCACUGUACUCCAGCUAGGUUUUCCCCCAUUAUUGCUUCACAAUAUUUCUGUAUCAAUUUGUUCAAUGCCUACCUGCCUGCCAGCACCAGCCUGUUGUUGGUUGGGGUUUUUCUGUUGCAAACCCACGAACGAGACCAAAUCUUCGCAAAGUCAUUCCAGCAAACUCUGUUUGUCACAAUGAUUUGCCGCAUUGUGUGUGCGUGUGUUUGUUUUUAUUAGUGUCUCACUAAUUUCGUGCGCACACUUUGCAAAACUGCACCACCAACCGAUGCACCACGGACGAGCAAGUAAAACGCAUUGUAACGUGUAGUAGAGUGUCGUGUUUCUUCUCUAGCUCCAUCCUUAUUGUGGACUAUUUAAUCAUUUUUAUUCAAAAUGUGUAUUGUAAUCACCCCCCAAAAAAGCAUCAGAGUGCUUGACAAAUAAAGUGAAACAAAAACGUA